GGCGAGGCCCGAGCCCGCCGGGAGCUGGGAGCCGGGCGCGGGGCGGGGCGGCGCGCUGAGGUCAGCGCGGCAGUGGCCGGCCCCGCAGUGGUUGGCUGCGCCGGUGCUGGCCGCGCCCUGGUUGGCUGCGGGCCGCGGGGCUGGGCCGCCGGGUCGGGGCUGGGGUCGGGGCUCGGGCGCCGGCCGGGCUUGCGCAGCGCUAGGCUCCUCGCCGCUCCUAGUCUGCGGCGGCGGCGGCGGGGAGGGCGCGGCCGCGGGCGGGGCUGAGGGCUGUGGACGGCGGGGGCGCGGCGAGGCGGGGGCGGGCCGCCCGAGCGGGGAGGGCGGCGGCACCGAGGGGAGGAGAGCGGCCCAUGGACCCGCGGGGCCCGGCGCCCCAGACUCUGCGCCGCCGGGACGGAGCCCAAGAUGUCGGCCUAGGCCGGGGCGCGACGACGCGGACGGGGCGGCGAGGAGGCGCCGCUGCUGCCGGGGCUCGCGGCCCCCGAGCCCCCGAGGGCGCGCCCUGACGGACUGGCCGAGCGGGCUGCGAGAGGCCGGCGCGUCGGGAGCGGGCCGCGCGGCACCAUGUCGGCCAAGGUGCGGCUCAAGAAGCUGGAGCAGCUGCUCCUGGACGGGCCCUGGCGCAACGAGAGCGCCCUGAGCGUGGAGACGCUGCUUGACGUGCUCGUCUGCCUGUACACCGAGUGCAGCCACUCGGCCCUGCGCCGCGACAAGUACGUGGCCGAGUUCCUCGAGUGGGCUAAACCAUUUACACAGCUGGUGAAAGAAAUGCAGCUUCAUCGAGAAGACUUUGAAAUAAUUAAAGUAAUUGGAAGAGGUGCUUUUGGUGAGGUUGCUGUUGUCAAAAUGAAGAAUACUGAACGAAUUUAUGCAAUGAAAAUCCUCAACAAGUGGGAGAUGCUGAAAAGAGCAGAGACCGCGUGCUUCCGAGAGGAGCGCGAUGUGCUGGUGAACGGCGACUGCCAGUGGAUCACCGCGCUGCACUACGCCUUUCAGGACGAGAACCACCUGUACUUAGUCAUGGAUUACUAUGUGGGUGGUGAUUUACUGACCCUGCUCAGCAAAUUUGAAGACAAGCUUCCAGAAGAUAUGGCGAGGUUCUACAUUGGUGAAAUGGUGCUGGCCAUUGACUCCAUUCAUCAGCUUCAUUAUGUGCACAGAGACAUUAAACCUGACAAUGUCCUUUUGGACGUGAAUGGUCAUAUCCGCCUGGCUGACUUUGGAUCAUGUUUGAAGAUGAAUGAUGAUGGAACUGUGCAGUCCUCUGUGGCCGUGGGCACACCUGACUACAUCUCGCCGGAGAUCCUGCAGGCGAUGGAGGACGGCAUGGGCAAAUACGGGCCCGAGUGUGACUGGUGGUCUCUGGGGGUCUGCAUGUAUGAGAUGCUCUAUGGAGAAACGCCAUUUUAUGCGGAGUCACUCGUGGAGACCUACGGGAAGAUCAUGAACCAUGAAGAGCGAUUCCAGUUCCCGUCCCAUGUCACGGAUGUUUCUGAAGAAGCGAAGGACCUCAUCCAGAGGCUGAUCUGCAGUAGAGAGCGCCGGCUGGGGCAGAAUGGAAUAGAGGAUUUCAAAAAGCAUGCGUUUUUUGAAGGUCUAAAUUGGGAAAAUAUACGAAACCUAGAAGCACCUUAUAUUCCCGACGUGAGCAGUCCCUCUGACACAUCCAACUUCGACGUGGACGACGAUGUGCUGAGAAACACGGAAAUAUUACCUCCUGGUUCUCACACAGGCUUUUCUGGAUUACAUUUGCCAUUCAUUGGUUUUACAUUCACAACAGAAAGCUGUUUUUCUGAUCGAGGCUCUCUGAAGAACAUAAUGCAGUCCAACACAUUAACCAAAGAUGAGGAUGUGCAGCGGGACCUGGAGCACAGCCUGCAGAUGGAAGCUUACGAGAGGAGGAUUCGGAGGCUGGAACAGGAGAAGCUGGAGCUGAGCAGGAAACUGCAAGAGUCCACCCAGACCGUGCAGUCCCUCCACGGCUCAUCUCGGGCCCUCAGCAAUUCAAACCGAGAUAAAGAAAUCAAAAAGCUAAAUGAAGAAAUCGAACGCUUGAAAAAUAAAAUAGCAGAUUCAAACAGGCUCGAGCGACAGCUUGAGGACACAGUGGCGCUUCGCCAAGAGCGUGAGGACUCCACACAGCGGCUGCGGGGGCUGGAGAAGCAGCACCGCGUGGUCCGGCAGGAGAAGGAGGAGCUGCAUAAGCAACUGGUUGAAGCCUCAGAGCGGUUGAAAUCCCAAGCCAAGGAACUCAAAGAUGCCCAUCAGCAGCGAAAGCUGGCCCUGCAGGAAUUCUCGGAGCUGAAUGAGCGCAUGGCAGAGCUCCGUGCCCAGAAGCAGAAGGUGUCCCGGCAGCUGCGGGACAAGGAGGAAGAGAUGGAGGUGGCCACGCAGAAGGUGGACGCCAUGCGGCAGGAGAUGCGGAGAGCCGAGAAGCUCAGGAAAGAGCUGGAAGCUCAGCUUGAUGAUGCUGUUGCUGAGGCCUCCAAGGAGCGCAAGCUUCGUGAGCACAGUGAGAACUUCUGCAAGCAAAUGGAAAGCGAGCUGGAGACCCUCAAGAUGAAGCAAGGAGGCCGGGGAGCAGGUGCCACUUUAGAGCACCAGCAAGAGAUUUCCAAAAUCAAAUCUGAGCUGGAGAAGAAAGUCUUAUUUUAUGAAGAGGAAUUGGUCAGACGUGAGGCCUCCCAUGUGCUCGAAGUGAAAAAUGUGAAGAAGGAGGUGCAUGAUUCAGAAAGCCACCAGCUGGCCCUGCAGAAAGAAAUCUUGAUGUUAAAAGAUAAGUUAGAAAAGUCAAGGCGAGAACGGCAUAACGAGAUGGAGGAGGCGGUAGGUACAAUAAAAGAUAAAUACGAACGAGAAAGAGCAAUGCUAUUUGAUGAGAACAAGAAGCUAACCGCUGAAAAUGAAAAGGUAAUUAGUUCAAAGUACCUGAGUUAG